GACUUUAUGAGUUUAGUAAGGUUGAAGACCACUGUUGUAUAGAAUAGGUCGUAUAAGAUUAUUCGUUACGCUAUGCCUAUAUUCAUUCGUCACUAUUUCGGUUUACUAUCCAUAUAAUAUAUUUAAACAGACGAAGUUCUCGUUUGGAAUCUAAAUACAAGAUUGAAAUUGGAAAGUCGACAAAACGAAUUUCUACAUCAAACAGGAAGCAGUAUACGUAGGAUUUGGUCUUUGAUUAAACAAGUAAUUCAUAAUCGUGACAUGACGUCGUCAUUACCUUACAAACAAUUCGAAAAUGAUAACUGUUCCGAUGACCAAUUGGAGCUCCAUUCGACGUCGACAGAGAUCAAUGUUUAUCAUGUUGAUGGUACUUAUGAAACAGUUUCAGUUACCCCGAGUACAACAUCUGAACAAAUAUGCUCCCAGAUAGCCAAAAAAGUUAUCUGCCAAACUUACGAUUGGUCGAUUGUGGAAAUUUGGAAAGACGAAGGGAUAGAGAGAACAUUAGAAAAUCACGAAUCUGUGUUAUUAUGUUAUCAAAAAAUGGGACCUGAAAAAAACAGAAUAUUGGUGCUUCGUCUAAGCAACAAAAUGUUUCACAUGUUCAAGCAUCCAGAAGAAUUCUCUCUCUACAGAACAUGGGAUCUUAAUAAAAAAAAAGAAGCCAAAGUUAUACAGAAAGUUCUCAACGGUGACAUCUGUCCGUUACAUUUUGGUCAGGUGUGGGUUUAUGAUUGUAAUAAGACAAAACCUUUCUGGGAUAUAACAGUUUUGCUGCUUAAGGAUAAAAAUCUGUAUCUCUCAUCAAAUCAUAAAACCAUAGUGCCACUCAUUAGGAGAGCCGGGAUUAGCUUCUUUCGUAACGCUAUUAUGUCUGGAACACGAGAUAAAUGUCAAGUACAAGUCUGGGCUUACCUAGGUGACUUCAGAAUAUUCACCACUACUAAAAGGGUAGCAGGCGCCCCCACAGAUCACUGCCUAUGUUUGGUGCCCGCUAGUGGCAUAAAGCAGUACAUUGCGUGCAGUUCCAAUAGAACUCAAUCUUAUUGGAUGUGCGCUAUGAGAUUGUCGAAAUACGGAAAACAAUUAAGAGACAACUACCGAUCAUUUGUGAAGAAGCACAACGAUGCUAAUGAAUAUGAAUACAAUAAGAAGCCAUUGCCCAAUGAGAGCGUACGGUCCCACGUAGCUAUGGACUUUUCUGGUAAUGUUGGUCGUAUUGUAGAAGAUCCCAAAGAAGCACUUGCCAUUGCUCAAGCAGAGACUGGUAGUGUGCGGCGAAGCUGGCGAUCCAGUGGUCGAACUACUCCUGGUCUUCAAACAGCUGUCACAAAACUUGAAAAUGAUAUUCACCUAUCUCAGCCAUGGUAUCAUAAAAACAUGAGCCGUGAUCAAGCUGCCAAUGUCCUUAAUGGACUUGGGAAUAAGGAUGGAGUAUUUUUAAUACGAGAGAGCAAAAGUAAAUGUGGAUCAUAUGUACUAACAUUCAAAUGUGGUGGUAAAAUUAUCCAUACACCUAUUGUAGCGCAAAUGGAUCCAAUUAAUGAUCAAGUUUGUUUUACGCUAGACAACGGUGUGAUCAAAUUUUAUGACCUUUUACAACUAGUAGAGUUUUAUCAAUUAAAUGCAGGUAGUCUGCCCACCCGACUGAUGCAUUAUGUUGUCCAAGUACCAGUCACCAAAUGAAAUUUGCAUUAAUACAAUGCACAGACGACAUACACAGUUCCUGUUGACACAAAAUAUUCUCAUCCAAAAGGUGUGUGACCUAUAAAUAAUGACACAAUUCUACAGGUAAAAUACCUACGGUUUAGGUAUUUUAAUUAUCUCGACCAUCAAAUUACUAAUUUUCUUUUUUCUCUUUUUUCAUUUUCUAACGUACCAUAACGUUAUUGUAAAAAAUUUGACUGAAUCGUUAAAAAACAUCUACCGUUUGCACUGUUCGGACUCAAAAAUUUUAUAUUUCAGUGUUACAAUUAGUUAUUAACGUGUAAUCCUAAUGGAUAUAAUAAUUUUGCGCGAUCAGUUCCUAGAUUAACUAGUUCGUAACAUUCAAUCAAGCACCUUUAGGACUUAUAAUUUAAUUGUAAUAUUAGAGAGAAUAAUAAUAAUAAAAAAAUCAUUAAUAAUUAUUGUCAUUUAAAAUAUAAUAUAAUAUUUAUAUUGUGAUAACUUUUGUCUUGCGCAUUUAAGCAUGACAGACCAAAUAUUUAGCACGUAAGCAUACCUAAUAUUAAAUGGAAAUAACAUAUUCUAUUUAACUUGUUUAACAUGGUAUUCAGUAGUCAAUGUAAAAGCAAUAAUAAUUGUUAUUAUGAACUUUGUAAGAUCUGUUAAAAACAAAAAAUUUAAAACUAGUUUAUGAUGUAUAUUAUAUAUGUAUAUAUAUAUAUAUAUAUAUAUAUCUAUAGACAGAGUGGACAAUGUUGUUUUUCUCAAUAGCUCACACGAGACAAUGGAAAAGUACCAUGGUCUACUCUGAAUACUUUAUGCAUGUUAGUAAAGCAAGCAGUAUCUACCUUCUAUAAUAUAGCAUAUCAAAAUGAAUAAACACUGUUAUACAGCUCUUGAAAUAGUAAUAAUUCAUAUUACCUCUAUGAUACAAUUUUAAUCAUAUCUGUAUGUCAUACAAUUGUAUAACCAUUUAAUAGUUUUUAAAAUAACUAUUUUAUUUUUUCAUAUAUUUUUAUCAUUAUUUUUGUAAAAUAUUUUGAGACGUGCAUAGCAUGGUUGGUAGAUUACUUGUAACACCUACUAGUUCUUUAUGUGUUGUUUUCCAUCCGAAAAGUGAGGACUAAAGUCAACGCACUGUAUCCUGUACUGCUCACAUUGUAACACUACAAUAUCCAAUAUUAUAAAUUUAUACCGUACAGAUAUGAUCUCAAAUUCUUCCCCCUUGGUAAUAUACUAUUUUCCUUACAAGAUAUGCAUUACCGUUAGGUAUUAUUAAAUAUUUAUUUGUUUGUUUUAAAUUUAAGACACACACUUUAUCAUAAUAUAUAUAUAUAUAUAAUACUGUAAAAUAUGAAAGCUUUUAUACAAUUAUAUAUGAAUGUAUGUGUGUUGAAUACCUUUGUGCUGUUGUUAUAAUUAAUAGUUUACAAAAUUCUCAGUGUUGUAAUUUGAAAUGUAUGCAAUAACUACAAAAAAAAUAAUAAUAUAUUAACACAGAAACAAUGUAAUUGUACCUAAUUAAUUGUGAUAUACAUAAAAUGUAUAUCACAAUUAAUGUGAAAUAAAUAUAGUUUUUAAUACAUACAUGCACAUAUUGUAUUUAAGUUCUAAAUGUCUACACUAUACAUAUAUAUUAAUGUAAUGUGUGUGUUUCUUUCAUGAAAUUGAGGAUAUAUUAUAUUUAUCUGUGACAAGUAUAAAAAUAUAUUUAUAUCAAGCAAUCAAUAGGUGAUGACAUUAAUAUUAUAAAAGUUGAUUCCAUACUCCUUUCAAGAUGAAAAAAGUCAUAUAUAUGUGGAAACAAAUGUGAUAAGCGCAGUGCAAUUAAAUAAAUACACGCGAUAUAAAUAAUAUUCUUUUUCACAAUAAAUUAACGUUUAGCAUAUAAAUAACAA